UGGAUGAAGAAACAGUGUAUGUAGAAGAAGAACAACAACUAAAAUAUCACGAGGGGUGCGCACGUUUAAAUCAUGACUGCAUCAGAAUCACCAAGUUCUGCUCAGAGACGUCCUCGACGUCUCGUCAUGGCGCGGCCACUCUCCAGGACGACCCUGUGGCGCAUUUUCUUCGUGACAUCACUAGUCUUCACCCCGACCGCCACUAGGCGGCGCAUGUUGCGGCGGGAGAAGAGGCCCCAGGAAAUCGAGCAAGAGCAAGACCAGGAGCACUUAGAGCAUGAGCUACCUGCAUCCCCGGUUGGUGCGGCUCCUGCGACGGAGCCGCCAUCGAGUCCUUUCCACUCGGCGACCGCCGCGGUCAUGUCGUUUCUUCAGACCACGCUGUCUUCAAUUACCCACAGCGCAGUAGCAGACGACGAAAAGGAAGACGGACAGCACAGCGAAACGUCUGGACAGACCACCACGAAAGGGGAUGUGGACGAGGACUCAGUGCAACCAGUACAAAACACAGGGGCUGUCAACCUGGACGAGGAAGAGGAUGAGUCAUUCAACAACGCUGCUGCUUCUACAUCUUCGAAGACAGCACACGACGAGCCUGCGACGUCUUCAGGGCGAGAAGCUAAUCCGCAGAAGGAAUUGUCUCAAGCAAGCGAGGGGACCGAGUCUUCAUCAAGCACAGAUAAAGCUGCCUCCACGGACGACAACAAGGUGCAAGAUUCACGAGUAAUACCCAACGAAGAAAGUGGAAAGGUAUCGAAGGAAAAAAACAAUGGAUUCUCGCCGACUGACGGCAAGAAAGCCAGUGCCAGCAGCAGCAGCGAAGAUAGUUGGAACACUCACGAAACAGCAACAGUAGAUUCUGAUAAAAAGACGCACGGAGCUCCAACUCAGCAACAGCAGGGAAGCAAAGACGAGGUGUCAUCAUCUACGAGAAGAGAAGACACUCAACCACACGAAGAAAGGAACAGCCCAAGCAGCACUACCGCGACAGCCACUACCACCGAGGAUCCGGCACCACAUGAGUACACGCCGGAGGAGCUCGGGGAAGCCGAUAUGCACUACGAGGACCCGGAAACAUUUUACUAUUCGCGGUAUGGCUAUGGGAGUGUCAGGAUUGAAAUCGUCAGAGUUGAAAUAGUUUGUCAUGCAUAAAAUCUAUACCACUUGGACCCCCAGUUUCCAAUCGGCGCAUGGCAAAUUUUCCUGGCCUCUGAAGCAAGUCUGUCAUGCUGUUUAGGGCAAGAGGGUUCCCCCCUGUGAUGCUAGCCAGCAACCCAAUUUAUGACUCUUGCCAACCCUAUAAUCUGCUUCCUUUGCGUCCUGUGCAAUAGAGUCAGUCUUUGUGUCGCAUUUUAUGCAUGACAAAUUAUUUCAACUUUGCCGAUUUCAAACCUGGCACAUUCAUAAUGGCAACGGGUAUACGGAGGACGACGACGACGGGUGGGUUGACGAGCUCGAGGCGCAGUCCGAUAUCGACAGCACGGGCUCCUUUUUGGAACGAAAGAAAGUCACCGAGGAACGCAAAGAACAUCAAGGCACCGCGGCAAAUGCUGCAGCCCCCGUUACAACGGUGGAUGCGGCGAAAAAGCCGAAGAGCCUGAAGAAACUGAACCAGGAGGCUGCGGACCUUGCUCGGGAGGCCUCCAGCAUCAUCCGUCUCAGAGAGCAGAUGCACAUGGGGAACAACCUCGCCCUGUACGCGCGAUCCGACCCGGCACUGUGGAAGCGCAGAGUCCCGGAGAGCGAGUCGAUCCGUUCCCUGCUUUACGAGAUGGGGUUCCCCAUUCGGGACGUGUCCGCCCUCACGCAGAAUUUGAGCUGCAACCGGGACCUGAGCAAGAAGCGGCAACGGCUGGUGUUUGCGACGAAGCUGAUCGGCCGGGAAGCGGUUGACCAGGGCAAAACCACGGCGGCCGUGGCAACUUUGGAAAACAACGUGGAACGGUUGCAAACCGAAGUGCGCCCGAAUUACAAGAUUGCGGACGAAGAAGACAACGACCUGCGCCAGUGGCCGCAGAAGAUGAUGUUCGACAGCUUCACGGACUGGCUGAACAAAGCCGAGAAACCGGUGGUAGAGUUCAAAAAAGCGAUGAAGGUGAACGCGGAGAAAAUCCUCUCUUCCCGGCUGCAGGCGAAGUGCUACGGCUACACGCUGCUGAAGCACCCAAACAAGAUGUAUUGCCUCAUGUUCACGCCCGACAACUUCGUCCACUUCACGCGGCGGAGCAACAAGUUCAAAACGGCGAAUUUGCAACAGCUCGAGCACUACCGCCAGAUGGCGUCCGCGCAGUACGACUGCGACAAAAAGGUGCUGGGGCUCGCGCACGACAUUUUCCAGGACCAGGUCCGCACCUUGCAGAAGAUCCGCAACAACAUCGACAAAUACCAGCGACUCCACGAAAUCAGCGGACGGAAGUUCAUCAACCUGAUGAACGCCGUGCGCAGCAGGGACGAUUCGUCCACCGGCGCGGUGAGUUUGCGGGACGGGGAGCAGGUGAACCUGGCGGAAAACGCGGCCCAACUGGUCGGUUUGUCCGAAAACAUCCGCGACGACGGAGUUACCAACAUGGUGGAGGACCACGUGCAGCACGAGGGCGCGCGGUUGCAGGCCAUGUUCUCCGGUGACACGCACCGCGUGUACGCCUGCAACAAAAUCGACUGCGAGCCGGUUGCCAUCCCGGGUUCGAACGGCAAGAAGCUGAAGAUGUCGGACGUGAAGCGGUACGCCGCGCUGUGGACCGGCAUCAAAACGCCCGUGGUCGAGCUGGGGUUGACGAAGGUGGUCCGGGACCCGGCGACGGGGAAGUUGCAGUACACGCCCAGUUAUGAACUGCAAAAGUAUCGUACUCGUAUAAAUGCAUUACAAAUUUCCUCAACAUGAAAAAUUUGUAGUGCGGAUUGACCUGCUUAAGAAAAGGAUUUGCAAUGCAUGAUUGCGAUACUUUUGCAUAGGAUACCAGUCCGGACGACGUUGACGAGGAGGGGGUGCCGGUGGACCUCGACACGCCGAACGUCAUGCUGAUCGUGUACCCGCGGAAAACCAUGAAGACCGGGCAGGCGUGGAAUGUCUUGCAAAAUUGGUGGAAAAAACGCUCCCCGCUGGAAACGGACUUCGAAGGCAGUCCCGGGGGCGAAGAGUCAUUUGUGGAAGUCGUGGGGGAGCAGGAGAAAGGAGAGGAAAAGGAGCAGAUGAAUCCUGCUUCGUUUCCGUUAGCAAUUACGUCACCCGACCCAACCACAGAUGGUAGUGGCGACACCGAUCCUGAUGAAGGAGAAGCUGCGGAAGACGAAGAAGAUGAUGGCUCGGCUGGUCGGAAAGUCAGCACCGGUGGCUUCGCGUGGGAUAAUGUCGAUCUGCGGGCAAGUCAUGAUCAUGCAGACGACCAAUCUUCUUCAUCUUCAACCACACAUCCGUCAUCCAUGCUGGAAACCGCGGUGAAGCAGUCAAGCAGCAAUAGUGACCUUGAGAAACUGCUUCGCGAAUUCGAAUCAGAAAUGCAGGCGGCUGCGAAGGAAACUGGAGCGAAGGAAUCUUCUUCCAAGAAGCAGAAAGCUACAAGAGCGAAAUCUGGUUCAUCCCAAUCGCCAAACGAGUCUGCAGAUCCUACGAAGAACGCAGCGGGAGAUGCAAACAGGGAGGCCGGCGGUGAUGCUCGUCCGGCAGGCGGCAUGAAAGCUGCAAGCAAAUCUCCUGCUGAUAAAUCUUCUGAACCUGAUGAAGGUUCCCCUGCGGAGAUUGGCGGUGACGCAGACAACUCGGCUGAACAAGACCAAGACGGAGAGCUGCCAGAUGGCUUUGGCACCGAUGAAGACGACGCCGGCGAAGAUGCAGUCGAGACCGACGCUAUGGUGGACGAAGACUCCAGCAUCGAGCCCACGGGCCAGCCGCAGACCAGUCAAAAGGACUGGACUGUCGAACUGCACACGACGUCAAGAACGCGCAAAAGCAAAGGAACGGGUGGAACAUCAUUUCUCGAGGAAAGCAAAAGCAAAACCGACCGUGCUCGUCCCUCCAGUGCAGACCACGUCGCAAAAGAUGGACCUGAGUCGCGACCACAAGAGAGGAGAGCGGAGGAGCAUAGAAGUCGCUCCUUGAACGAAUCUCCACAAAGCCUACCUACUCCCGGACUUGCAGAUCUGAUCGACGACGACGUUUUUGACUACACCGCGAUUUUUUCUCCCGAGGGUGUCCGCGUGUUGAAACCCGUGGUGACACAUGUACGCAAUAGCAUGGAAGUCGAAAAAAAGAAAAUGAAAGAUGAGACUUCUGCGCCGAUGUUGCAAGAAGAAGAAGUACUAGAGAGGAGCAGUUUAGCUUCGUCAACUUCUUUUCUGCAAGAAGGCAAUAAGGACGCUGCGACGCCUCCGGCAAGUGAUGAAGAUGCAUCUUCAACUUCUACUACUGCCACUAGCAAAGAAUCGUCUGAGACGCAGCACCAUGCAGAGGAAGCAGCAGCAUCUCAACAGCGCAUUGCUCCUCGCUGGUUCGCGCAUGUCGACAACGAGUUGCGCACAGGAAGAGAUCUCGUUGGCGGAGCACAAAGCGAACAAGCACCUGGUAGCAAUACCAGGAAAAAAGUAGAGGAGAAAUUUGACCAGCUUGGGGACGAGGCGGUGAAGUUGAAAGAGGAACACGAGAAAACCUUACGAGGUUCGACGCAGGACGGUGCUGUGGCAGCACUGCUGGAUCUCGGGAGCGCGUUCGAGCAAGAGGAGGGGGCGGCAGGUGAACUACUGCAAGCCGACCAAUAUCAAAACCCAGCGGACAACAAUGAACCUCAUAUUGAUAAAGCACUUCCUGUGAAUUCAAAUUCACACUCCAAGCACAGCGGAAAUAGCGACGAUGGAGCGGCGACUGCUCUCACGCCCACAACUUCUAGCGACGAUGUAGUUGACGGACAAAAAGAAGAGAACGACCACGCAAAAAAAACUGCUGAUCCCGAUGAGAGCUCAACUUUUUGAAAUGCACCCAUUUUGAUUUGUAGAAAUGCAAUCUGUCUCAAAGAAUCCAUUGUUUCUUGUACGAACCUAUUGUUUCAACGACCCAAUGAACAAGUGAUUUGAAGUACAAACGAAAAUUGAUGAGGACGCGAAAGAGUUUUAUUUCAUCACACCUCCUGAACUCUUAAACAAGAUCCUGUUUCUUGAUCUCUUGUCUCAUUCAAGUUGUUUUCUGCCGGAGAUGAAUACCGAUACAGAUUUGUGUGUCUUCAGCACAUCGGGAUAUUAAGACUUGCAAUUUGUAUCCUACCG